AUGACAUCUACUUCAUCAGCAAAACAAUCUUUAUUGGAAGAUUGUUUGAAUUGGGCUAAAUCCAAUGGUGCCAUCAUAGAUGACAAAAUAGAAUUCAAACUCACAGAAUCUUCAGGGUUUUCAGCGUUCACUACUGAAAAGAUCGUCCCAGAUUCAUCAUCCCCUUUGAUUCAAAUCCCCAAACAAUUAUUAAUUACAAAAGAUUUAGCUUUGACUCAUUUCAAUAACCCAUCUUCCAAUGAUAUAAGUAAUACAUCUUGGACUCAAUUAUAUUUGGCAAAUUUGAAAUUCAAUAAUAAAAAUCCACCUAAAGAAUCAGAAUUUUUUAAACCAUAUUUAAAUUUAUUAUCCUUUGCUGAUAGUUACCAAUUCCCAUUUUUUUGGAAUUAUAAUGAUUUACAACAUUUAAAAGGUACCGAUCUUUUAAUUAGAAUUAAUUAUACUCUAAGAAACUUAAUCAAUGAAUGGAAGACAAUGUUAACUCAAUUAAAUAUCCCACUAUACGAUCCUGAUAUCUUGACCAUCCAUGCUGAUAAUCAUUUGAAUGAUUAUAUUAAUGAAUUUUUUUUGAAAUUUAAAAAUAAAAAGGAUUCCAAUUUACCACCUUGGAAUAGUUUUUUGGCAUAUCUUUGGUCGUAUUGCAUUUUCCUUUCAAGAGCAUUCCCAGAAUUAAUCUUACAUGAACAAGAACAAGAACAAGAAGACGAUUCUUUGAACCAAGUUGAUUUAAACUCAGUCUUUCUUUUCCCCAUUGUGGAUCUGUUAAAUCAUAGUAAUAAUUCAAAUGUUAUUUGGAACUUAAAUCCUAAUGAUAAAAAUUCCAUUUGUUUCAAUACAAUUGAUCCAAUAGAGAAAUCUCAAGAAUUGUUUAAUAAUUAUGGUAAUAAAUCUACCGAGGAUUUCCUAUUGUCAUACGGAUUCAUCUUAAAAGAGGAAACCCCAUUCGAUUAUGCUUCUCUAACGUUACGAUUAGAUAAAUCGAUUAUUCAAAAUUUGAAAAAUUUUGGAUUGGGUUUAAAUGAUAAUUUUAUAGUAGGUGAUGAUAAAGAUACAGUUCAAUUUAAAUUAUUUAAAACAAUCAAUAACAAAAAUAAAUUGGAAAGAGAUCAACUAAUUAAUCUUUUUGGUUAUUUGAAUAAAUUAACCACUGAAAAAAAUUUGAAUUUUAGAUCUGUAUUGCAAGGUCUUGAUCAAUUGACUGAUAUUUUACAACAAAAGAUUGAAAUCACUACAAAACUUUCUAAAUUGCCCAUGACUAAAAAUUCGGAUCAAUGUCAUUUCCAAAUUAUUAAGAAUUAUAUUAAUAUUCAAAAAAAAUUAUUCAUUGGGAAAUCAGAAUCCAUUCAAAGAUAUCAAAAAAAAUUAAUCAGUUCUAAAGAUCCAACUUUAUUCAACGUAUUGUCUUUUAAAACUAUUUUAAAAUUGGAUCAACUAUUUGCAAAUUCGAUCUUAUUAACUCUAGGGGUUAGAAAUUAUGAUGAUAUCAUUAAAAAGGAUUGUUUAAAUGACAUUAUAAUGUUAUGGUUAGUUAGAAUAUCAAAUAGAAAUAAUUACAAGAAAAAAUUACCCUUUGAAUUACCUGAUUUUAUUCCUCAAACUUUUGAAACAAUUUCAAAAAAUAUUAUCAUUGAAAAAGAUGAUGUAAUGGAAUUAAUGACAUUUUAUAACAAAUAUUUCCCACAAUUGAAAAAUUCUAUCCCUGAACUUUAUGGAAUUGGUGAGUGGGGUAUUAGACAAUUCGUUGUGGCAGAUGCUGUUAUAGAUUCUUUAGUUUGGCAAAGAAAAGUUAAUAACGAAGCCUAUUUCAUUGAGGAUAAAACUGUAACUAAAAACAACAUUAUCUUUUAA